AUGGCCGCACAACGUAAACUCUGCAUGAUUCCUGGUCCCAUCGAGUUCCAUGAAGAUGUCUUGGCAUCGAUGGCUACGCCUGCCACCUCGCACGUCGACCCUCUCUUCGUUCCCGUCUUUGGCGAAACCAUCGAAAUGGUCCGCAAGGUCGUGUUGUCGGAAAAGGCCCAGCCCUUCGUCGUCUCUGGCUCUGGCACUCUUGGCUGGGACAUGAUGGUCAACUUGAUUGAGGCUGGCGAUGAAGUUUUGGUUGUGAACACUGGCUACUUUGGUGAUCACUUUGCUGAAUGCUUGGAGACAUAUGGCGCCAAGAUCACCCACUUGCGCGCCGAAGUCGGUAGCCGCCCCUCCAACGAAACGAUCAAGCAGGCCGUUUCUACAAAGAAGUACAAGAUGGUGACCGUGACGCACGUUGACACCUCCACUGGCGUCUUGGCGGACAUCAAGAGCGUGGCUGAAAUUGUCAAGGCAGCUUCGCCCGAGACCUUGGUUGCGGUUGAUGGUGUUUGCUCGGUCGGCUCGGAAGAAAUCCGUUUCGAUGAAUGGAACUUGGAUAUCGUCAUCACUGGCUCGCAGAAGGGUCUUGGUGUCCCUCCCGGUCUUUCUAUCGUCGUUGCUAGCCCCCAGGCCAUUGAAGUCUUCAAAACCCGCAAGAGCGCCAUUCCUUCAUACUACUCCAACUGGAACAAGUGGCUGCCCAUCAUGAACGCGUAUGAGGCACGCAAGCCCGGCUACUUUGCCACUCCCGCUGUGCAGUUGAUCUAUGCGUUACACACAUCCCUCAAACAGAUCACCAGCCAACCCAUGGAAACGCGUUUCGCUAAACACCAGCAGGUUGCUUCCAACUUCCGCAAGACCAUCAAGGAUCUGGGUUUGAAGCAAGUAGCACAAUGUGAAGAGUGCUCUGCCAACGGCAUGACUGCCGUCUGGCUCCCCGCCGGCGUCAGCGUCCCUCAGUUAGUGCCUGCUUUGGCCGCCAAGGGCGUGCAGAUCGCUGGUGGUCUGCAUGUUAAGCACGCAAGCGAAUACUUCAGAAUUGGACACAUGGGUAUUUCGGUGAUGGAGGAUGAUCGCAAGCAUAUCCAAAAGGUCGUAGAUGCACUUACCAGCUCUCUUACUGAGCUUGGCUAUCAGAAGGCCUAA